AUGAGACUGUUGAGCUUAUUUGUAGUAUUUAUAGGCGCGGUGGCUUACGCCUCUACUUUCGAUCAAGCUAAAUACUAUAUACUGACGCUCGAUGAAGACGACCAAGAUGCCUGGAAGGGUAAACUGGACGACUUCAAGUCUCUGGUGAAACAGACGGGCGGAAAAAUAACGCACGAAUACUCACUGGUCAAAGGGUUUUCCAUGGAGCUGCCCUCGGCGCAUUCGAGUGAUAUUGUGAAGAAACUUUUGAACUUUGCCCAGAAGCUCCACUGCAAACUCAAUAUUGAGGAAGACCAGGAAGUGCACGCGGUAAAGAAGGGUCCCAACGGCCCAGUGCAUUGA